AUGGAUGUGUCUGAGAAUCCCAUUGGGGCAGCUGAGUAUAAGGCAUUCGAUUUAGAAAUGCCGGAAGAACAGCCACCACCCGAUACUCAUCUCUCCGUCACACGAACUUACCUCUCCACCACCCGACAUACCUCACCACCCAACACUCCCCUCACCAAUUCCUCGCCCGUAAGCACAGUGACAGAGUUUGCCUUCGUUGCUGGACCUCCUCCUGCUCUGCAUCUCCAGUUGUUUAGAGAGCACACAGUCAACGAAGUAGAGAGCAAUCUGCUUUCUACUUCAGUGACCGUGAGGAAGGAACCUCCUUUCACAGCUGAAAACAGAAAGAAAACAAUUGAGAAGAUCCUGAAGGGGAAGCUGAAUUUGCCUCCAUACUUGACCCCUGAUGCACGAGACCUUGUUCGAAGACUACUCAAGACAAGUGAUGACGAUGUGUCCCAGUUUGAUACCAAGUUUACUAAGAUGACUCCAUUUGACUCACCUGAUGACACAACUCUCAGUAAUAGUAUGAACCAAGUCUUUCAGGGAUUCACAUAUGUGGCACCAUCAGUGCUAGAGGAGAUGUCACAUCACCUUUCACAUCCACACAUAGUGAGGGCAAGAUCACCCCGCAAGCUCAGCUAUCCACAUAUUCACCACCCUCAGUAUGUAUCCUCUGCCCAGCAGUUGGUUCCCAAUGGGACUAACUUCCUCAGCCCACCUGAAAUGAUGGACACCAGCCUUCCACAGGUACCAAUAUUGACUCCUUUUCUCUGCAAUGGGCUUACUCUGAAUAAUCAUACUAUAACGAUGGCUGGACCAUUAGUUGUUUGGAAUUGUUCUCAUCUCUCCGCCUUAUCUGCAAUGAUCCAAUGGCAUCAAUGCAUCUACUCCUUCGGGUGCCACAGACACAUGCAUGUGUCAAUUUAUUCAAAAACUGUGAUGAAUGUGUUCUUCAAGGACUGCAGGGAGGACUUUCCUCAUGGAGGAAAAGAGCUGCUCAAAGCUGCAUUGACAGAGAAGGAUGUGAUAUUGUUGACCAAGAACAUGUUUGCAAGGGCAAUUCAUUCCCUGGCCAGGAUAGGAGACUUUGUCCUUGUGGAGCCAAACCAAUCUGGAUUAAGUCUGCAGGUGGUCAGCUCAUCACAUUCUGCUUUUGCUUGCUUCAAGUUUCUCCCGUUGUUCUUCUCAUCUUACCAGGCCAAACCUGUCAGACCUGAUGACAUGACUUCUUGUCGCCUCUCCAUGAAGAGUCUCCUCCUUGUGUUUCGGUCUGUGAGUCAGCUGGAGAGAAGUGCUGAACAAUGUGAGGUGACUGUGGAUAUUGCUCAGCUGAAAGUCACCUUCCAGCUUCACUGUCGUUUUGGUGUAGACAAGAUGUAUCGCAUCUCUUUUGUUGAUUCUGAACCCAUGGAGGUUCACUACAGCAAAGAAGAAAGUGAGAAUCGGCUGGUGGCACAAGCCAAAGUCCUAUCUGAUGCUAUCCUCAACUUCACCAACAGCCAAGAGGAGAUUACGAUCUCUGUCUCUCAUCAAAAGACCUUUGUGCGCAACUACAUGCAGGAUGAACCUGAGCUGGGCAAAGUGGUGCAUACAGAGUUGUGCCUUGAGGCAGGAGAGUUUGAUCACUAUGCUGUGAAGAAGGAAACAGAUGUCACCUUCUAUCUCAAGGAUCUCAAAAGUGUCCUUCAGUUCACUGAAGCUGUAAACCUCCCCAUCGAGAUCUUCUUUGACACUGGUGGCUUGCCUUUGAUCCUGAGCCUUAGAAACCCUCCUACAUUUGAGGUGGACUUUGUAUUAGCUACUAUUGCUCCUGCUGGGACAAGAGGCCAGUCAACCCAAGUGUCUGCAGUUCAAAGUCAGACUCAAGUAGAUGAAGUGAGACAUGGAAGGGAGCUGCUAACCCAGACAUCAGCAAUUCAAAAUCAGACUCAUGCCAACAGUGGGAAACAAGGAGAGCAGCCAAGCCGGAUGUCAGAGAUCUUAAGUCAGACUCAAGCAACUAAGCAAGGCAGAGAUCAGCUAAGUCAGUCAUCAGCAAUUCGAAAUCAGACUCCAGUUGAAGAAGCAAGACAAGGGAGAGAGCAGAUGAGCCAGGUGUCAGUGUACCCAAGUCAUACCAAAGCCAAUGAAGUGAGACUAGUCCCCACCACUAAUGAACCUCCUUCCAGUCUACCUCAGAACCAAACUCACACUCUUCAGACUUAUGAAGUGUAUCAAGAACCAAAAUCCAAGAGGUUGAGGAUGGAGGGGACAGUUAAUGAGAAUCAGAAGUUUUUCCUGCGCCGCUGCAUUGAGCCAUCUUUUUCACAGAGUCGAGUUCCUGGCUAUCAUGCAGUACUUGCUCCAGGCUCUGAUGAAGAGGACUCUAUGGAGCCUGUGAGAGGCAGGCAUUCAUUCUUUUCACCUGAGGAGUCAUCCUUCCUGCAAUCCAGUCAAGCAUCUCCAGGAAUUUCUCCUGAGGGAGUUAUCUGGGAUUCUCGAUCCCCACGUCAUACCAUGAUAAAGACACCCAACCGAGUAUCCACACCCCAAGUCCCAAGGCUCAUCUCCAAGGUAUGUCUUCAGGCUAAGCAUCUUGACACUGAAGAUGACACUCCAUUAGUCAUCCACCGUCUGCCACGCCGGAUGAUGCCAAAAGAUGAGUUUUGUGGGAAAAGUGCAAAGAGUGAUGAUUCAUGCAGUAUUCGUAACCUCAGGUCUCUCAUGGUACAAUUUGAUGAACCAAAACUUGAGAUGAAACCUGAUGCAGAAUCUGUCAGCAUGGAUGACUCAAUGGAUGAUAUUCUCAUUCAAUCAACUCAGGAGGUAGAAGGUGAAGAAUUAUUUCCCAAUGGAGAUGAAUCUCUUGAUGAGAUGAUGAUUCAGUGCACACAGGAAGCUGAACAAGCCUUUGUGAGCAGAUCUGAACUCAGUUUGGAGAACAAGGAAAACAUUCUCUUAGCAAGACCAGACAAUGCCAAAGCCGAAGUCAUUGCUGAUCUCUUUGGUGAUUCUGAGGAUGAAUCUAUUGUGAUAUUGGUUGCUGAAGAGGCAGAAGAAAUCUGUGCCACUCAGACAUUAUUUGAACAAAUAGUUCAAAAAUUAGUGUUAAAGCUAUGUAAGGAAGAGAGGAAGGGAAUGUCUCGAUCAGAAGAAGAGGAGGAUGGCUGGGGAGGGGAGGAGAUGCCUGAGAGUCCUGCAUCAGAUGAUGCCAUUGUAGAGAAUGCAGAGGAGGUGCUCUCGGAUUGCCUAGAGCAGUUCAAGAGCCCCGACUUCAUCAUGGAACCUGGGAUCACACACUCUCUUCGGCAAUACUUCCAAGCUGGGGGUGACCCUGUUCAAGUGAUUGAUCAUCUUUCAGCCAGUUAUGCUGGGUUGGCCCAGAUGGCGAAUCUCAUGGCCGAGUGGUUGAUCCUCACGGGAGCCAGCAUUCAAGAUGUCCAAACGAUGGUUGAAGAUCAUCUCAAGCGCAUGAUUACCAAGGUGUUUGACCCAAAGAAGGCAGAUACGAUCUUCACAGAUGAGGGUGACCCACCAGCAUGGCUGACAGAGAUGGUGGAACAUGGAACAUGGCGGUCAUUGAUCUAUCGUCUGGCUGAGGAUUAUCCUGAUUGCCUCAUGCUUAACUUCACCAUCAAACUCAUCUCAGAUGCUGGGUUUCAGGGGGAGAUUACUAACAUCUCAACAGCAGCACAGCAGAUUGAGGUCUUUUCCCGCAUCCUUAAGACCUUCAUCUCAAAUGUGAUGGGGAGUGACAAGGAAGAGCAGCAGAAGCACCUGGAUGAAUUUUCCAAAAUGGUCUGUCAUGGCCAGCACACCUUCAUUUAUACUUUGACACUUCUCCAUGUCUUGCAGAAUGAAGGAAAACACACAUCAGUGAUUCGACGUCUGUCACAAGAGAUUGUUAAAACGGCAAUUGACGGAGGCCAUGAUGUCACGCCCAUUCUGUUGUCCUUAAAGGGUACUGGUGGAGAUGUCCCACCUCGUGCAGCUCAAGUUCUGGGUGCUAUGCUGUCUAAAGGUGCAUUGAACCCAGCUGAUAUCAGUGUAUUGCAUCGGAUGUAUUCCUCCAAUGAUGCUCCACCAGUGGAUCUGAUCCGCAUCCCACAGUUCAUGGAGCUUCUUGUCGAUUCCUUGUUUAAACCUGGAUCCAAGAUCAAUCCUGAACACAAGAGCAAAUAUAUCCAUCUGUUGGCCUAUGCAGCUAGUGUAAGUGAGAUAUCCAAGAAGGGUAAAAAGAGUGUGAAUCGAGAUGAACUGAAGAGCACCAUCCAGGCCAUCGAGAAUGUACAUAAAGUAUGUAGUAAGAACACUACAUCGGCUGAGCUGUUAGCUGACCUUAGCACCAUCUACCAGUACAUUCGGUUCCCUGUGGUGACAGUAGGUGUUGUCCGUUGGGUUGAAAGCAUUGUCACAGAGCCCAGUUACUUUCAGUUGAGCAUUGAUCACACACCAAUCCACCUUGCUGUUCUUGAUGAGGUGGUAACAUGUCACAUUGCCCAUCAUGAGCAUGUUUUGACCUUGCUCAUUCGCCUCUUUGAAACCCAGUUGGAAGAAAUGGAGAUUCUGGCCCAGCUGGAAAUCAAGAAAAUGCUUCUCGACCGCAUGCGAUGCAUAGCACGGCUGCGAGGGAGCAGAGAGAGGCUCCUGGAUCGAUUCCGCAAUCUUCCUGCUGCUGUUCAGACAGGAUCCCCAUCUCUUGUCCAGGAAGUCAUGGAGGCUGAACUUCAUCUUCCCUCUGAUCAGGAAAGGGGAUACAAUCCCAUGGGGAUGGAAGGCAGAGGAGUUUGCGAUGAUGAGGCAGAAGUGAUGGAAGAGAUCCGGCAGGAACUGCAGGCUCAUGAGGAGGCAAUGUUGCAGGAGGAGAUGGAGUCCUUGGAGAAGUAUGAAGCUGGGUUCCUUGAAACUCUUCCAAUUCCCCAUGAGGAUGUUUGCAGUCAGAGCCCAUCUCUUCUCUGUCCACAUGUAGGUGGGGCUUUUGUAUGUGAGUGCAGUCGAUGGCUGCCUGAUCGAGGGAGGAAUUUGGAGAGUCUCCGAGGAGCGCUGAUGGAGGUCACCGAUCGACAUGGGUCAAUGUGUCCCAGUCGACCUGAAUUCAUCCUAAUGGGGGGUGUCGAUGGGCAUGACAAUGAGCUCAUGAUUCAUUGCUGGGACUGCUGGGCCCGGGCAUCCCCCUUAUCGCAGGUAAGUCGGAACAUGCGCAGUUCCAACCUAGGCCUCGCCCUGGCCUUACCUGCUCCUAUUCACUGGGAACGGGAUGGAAGAGUUGAGGGGGAAAGGGCAGUCUUGCAGCGAAGUGAACGGAAUGAGACUUAA